UUCUGGGGCAAAAAACGGAACAUCAGUGACUCUACAGCAGACCACUGAAUCCCCCAGAAGAAAUGUCUUAACGGUGACUAUGAGUGGACUGAAGACGGAGAACACUGGCUGGUACAUGUGUGGAGUGGGAGACCUUAUGAUGCCUGUUCACAUCACUGUUAGACAACAAACUACCACACAAAGUACCUCCACUAUGACCACUGCUGAGCCUGUUCAGACUGACAACACAGUCCAAGGACCUGCGGGGAGCCAGGAGAAGGUCACCAUGAGUUCCAUAGAUCUAAAAGUCCUACUGAUUCCUCUGGGCAUGUUGGUGGUGGUGAUAGCUGGUGUUUUAGUCACAUGGAAGAUGUGGAGAAAGCAUAAGGACAAUAAGGCCAUGGACCAGACAACAAACACCGCAGUGGACCCAUUUCCUGCCAAUGGUGAUGAUGUGACAUACAGCACUGUUGUCCCCAAGAGGAGGAACCAGCUAAAUGUACAGACCAAGGCAGAACCUGAUGAUAAUGUGGUCUACAGCUCUCUCACCCUACAGCUGGAUCCAUUUCCUGCCAAUGGUGAUGUGACAUACAGCACUGUUGUCCCCAAGAGGAGGAACCAGCUAAAUGUACAGACCAAGACAGAACCAGAUGAUAAUGUGGUCUACAGCUCACUAGUCCCACACCGCAGCAGAGGGCAGCAACACAGCAGUGACUGACUGAGUGAAGAUCUUGGUCCUAAAGAGCCCUCAUCCUGGAAGGAUAGCAGCAAUGUUCCAACAUCUAGGUGAAAGCCUUCCUAGAAGAGUGGAGGCUGUUUAUAGCAGCAAAGGGGGGGACCAACUCCAUAUCAAUGCCCAUUAUUUUAGAAUGAGAUGUUUGACGAGCAGAUGUCCACAUACUUUAGGUCAUGUAGUGUAUCUGUUAUAUUAGUCAUGUCCCGCCCACCUGCAGUACUCCAAUGCCCUUGUCACUUUUUAAUCUUAUUGAUAUCAUGUAUCUAGUCAAAUGUAACUGAUUAUGAUCAAAUAUGUAUAUUAAAUGAACAAGCUGUGUAACAAAAUAAAAGGCUAAUGCUG